AUGGAGGGCUUAUACGGACAGGCUGACACAGCUGGCAUCCAUGAAGAACAGCCCCAAAAUGAGGGUCCAAUAGUGAUCUCCUCUUAUGCUUUACAAUUAGAGCUAGACCACAUUGAUGGAGGAGGAGGUAGUUAUGACAUAGUGAACAAUGCUGUGAUCUCAACACCGGGGCCUCAAAACCACAGAGCCCAAAAUGUGUCAUUACGGCAAAGCUGGGAGAUGAACUACCAGGAGGCAGCCAUCUACCUGCAGGAAGGAGAAAACAAUGAUAAGUUCUUCACCCACCCUCGAAACCCAAAGGCACUGGCAGCGUACCUGUUCGCCCACAACCACCUGUUCUACAUGAUGGAGCUGCUGACGGGCCUCCUGCUCAUGAUGCUGUCUCUAUGUGAAGCUCCAGCAGUGCCGUCGCUGCGCCUAGAUGUCUAUGUCCAUGCCACUCUGGAGCUGCUGGCUUUGGUUAUGGUGGCAUUUGAACUGUGCAUGAAGCUCCGUUGGUUAGGCUUCCACACCUUCAUACGACACAAGAGGACCAUGGUGAAGACGUGUGUGUUGCUGCUACAGUUUGUGGAGGCCAUAGUGGUAUUGAUCCGUCAGACGUCACAUGUACGAGUUACCAGAGCUCUCCGCCCUAUUUUCUUGGUGGAUUGUAGAUAUUGCGGUGCUGUACGCAGAAACUUGCGUCAGAUCUUCCAGUCCCUUCCACCUUUUAUUGACAUCCUCCUCUUACUGCUGUUCUUCAUGGUUAUAUUUGCUAUCCUGGGUUUCUGUCUCUUCUCUCCUAACACUGCUGACCCGUACUUCAACACUCUGGAGAACAGCCUCGUCAGUCUGUUUGUUCUGCUGACCACAGCAAAUUUUCCUGAUGUGAUGAUGCCAGCGUAUUCGAAGAACCGCUGGUCCUGUGUUUUCUUCAUUGUUUACCUCUCCAUAGAGCUCUACUUCAUUAUGAACCUGCUCCUGGCAGUAGUGUUUGAUACCUUCAAUGAUGUUGAGAAGAUGAAGUUUAAAUCUCUUCUGCUUCACAAACGCUCAGCUAUUGACCACGCAUUUCAGCUGUUAGUAAGCCGGCAGAGGCCGAUGGGGGUGUCGCUGAAGCAGUUCGAUGGUCUGAUGCGUUUUUACAGACCACGAAUGUCUGCCAGAGACCGCUUCCUCACAUAUAAAGCUCUCAACACCUCAGGGGCUCCUAUGCUCAGUUUAGAAGACUUUUAUAAGUUUUAUGAAGUCACAGGCCUUAAAUGGAAGGCACGGCGCAGUGGCGAAUAUUGGUUUGAUGACCUUCCUCACACAACGUUCCUUAUAUUUAAAGGCAUUAACCUGUUGGUGAAGUCCAAGGCCUUUCAAUAUGCCAUGUAUGUAGUGGUGGCCAUCAACGGUGUGUGGAUUCUUGUGGAGACGUAUACGCUAAACAGUGGGUUCUCCUGGUCCAGAUUUGUCCCCUGGAGCUACAUUGUCUUCCUUACAAUUUAUGGUGUAGAGGUGUUGUUGAAAAUAACAGGUUUGGGGCCAGUGGCUUAUUUCAGCUCUGGGUGGAAUCUGUUUGACUUCUCAGUGACAGUAUUUGCCUUCCUUGGUCUGAUCGCUCUUGCCUUCGACAUGGAGCCGUUCUACUUCAUCGUGGUGCUCAGACCACUUCAGCUGCUCCGGUUGUUUAAAAUAAAGCAGAGGUAUCGCAAUGUACUGGACACCAUGUUUGAACUGUUUCCGCGAAUGGCGAGUCUGGGGUUGACGUUAAUCAUCUUCUACUAUUCCUUUGCCAUUGUGGGGAUGGAGUUUUUUGCCGGCGUGGUUUAUCCCAACUGCUGCAACACCAGCACUGUGGCAGACUCCUACAGACUGAUCAACAUCACCUAUGGAAACAAAACAGUGCUGGAAGAAGGCUACUAUUAUCUCAAUAACUUCAACAACAUUCUCAGCAGCUUUGUUACUCUGUUUGAGCUGACUGUGGUCAACAACUGGUACAUUACUAUGGAAGGAGUGACAUCUAUGACAAGUCACUGGAGCCGACUGUACUUCAUGACGUUUUAUAUCGUUACCAUGGUGGUGAUGACCAUCAUUGUGGCUUUCAUUCUGGAUGCAUUUGUGUUCCGCAUGAACUACAGCCGCAAGAACCGAGAACCACUGGAGAACCCAGAGGAUGAGAACGGGAUAGUGUUUGAAGUCGAGGUGAGUCGUGAUGAAGCUCUUGAGACUCUGGAGCUGUACAAACAGACCUGUCCAGGACAGUCAUCACUCAGUUCUUUACAGGGUGUCCUACAAGCUAUGGACAGGAGUGGGCACUCAUCACUGGUGUACCUAGGCCACAGGUCGAGGACAAAGAGUGACCUCAGCAUGAAAAUGUAUGAGGAAGAAAUACAGGAAUGGUAUGCAGAGUAUUCAAGAGAAAAUUUGCCUCAACCAGACCAAAGCCAGGAGCAGGAGCUGGACAGUCCUGACCCUAAUCCAUCUCCCUUCCCUGAGCCUCAGCUCAACUCACAGACUGGACCUCAUAGCAUCAACUAAUGCACAAUUUACACAACCACACCUUUGCAUUUUUUAAAAUGCUAAGACCUCAUCACUCCAUUUCUCUCCAAGUUCUCCCACUCUCACCGGUUACCAGAGAGGAACUAGUUUGUGGCCUUCUGGACUGAUGCAACGGGCACAAACGUUGGCUCCAUGUUUGUUAUCUGUCACUGAACAAAAAAAAGUACAGGUCUGUUGCACAGCAAAGUAGAAGCAUUGUUCUCUUAUGGCCUUUUUCAAAGACAGCUGCUGUAGAGCAGCAUCUGACGGAGACUGUACCACUACAGUUAUGUGUGUAUACUGUAGGCCAUUUGUGACCUCUUGUAAAUCAUGUAGUACUUAAACCUGAUGCCUUAGUUUAACGGCUCAUUGACCAGUAUUAACACAGACAGUACUUUUACUAAAUUGUCAAAAGACCAAAAUCAUAAAUCCUUAAUACUACUUUAAGCUCAACCCAGCAAAACCCAACUGUGUAUCUCCUAACUAAUGUCUCAAAAUAUUCUACUUUUAUAUAACUUCUUAUUCUGUGAUGUAUGAGUUAAUAAGGGAUUUUAAUAAACUGUCGAAACUGAA